UUUUUGUAUUUCUUUUGUUUGCAUAUAAAUAAAUAGUAGCAAUAAAAAAGAAAAUCUCUCUAUCUCUAAAAUUCACCAAUCAAUCAUUGAUUACAAGGAGAGAUCGCUCUCUCACUGUAUAUUGUAUUGGCAUAAAGUUCACCUUCCUCUCUCUCGCUCUCGAAGGAGAAGAAGAUAAGGUCAUAUCUUAUUUGUUACUGUCAGCAGGAAGUUUGGAUAAGAUUGUGGAACAUCAGAUUUUUAAUUUUGAUUUCAUAUCAGCAAGAGCAACAAACAUCCUUGCAAGCACCCCCUUUCUGUGGCCAUGGCAACAAAUGAAAAUCUUCCACCCAAUGUAAUAAAACAACUUGCAAAGGAACUGAAGAAUCUUGAUGAAUCACCACCUGAGGGAAUUAAAGUAGGAGUAAACGAUGAUGAUUUUUCGAUCAUAUAUGCUGAUAUUGAAGGCCCAGCUGGGACUCCAUAUGAAAAUGGUGUUUUCCGCAUGAAGCUGUUAUUAUCUCAUGAUUUUCCUCACUCUCCUCCCAAAGGUUACUUCCUGACUAGGAUUUUUCAUCCAAAUAUUGCUUCUAAUGGUGAGAUUUGUGUUAAUACGCUUAAAAAGGAUUGGAAUCCAAGUCUUGGACUACGCCAUGUUCUGACGGUAGUGAGGUGUUUAUUAAUCGAACCAUUUCCAGAGUCAGCUUUGAAUGAACAGGCUGGCAAGAUGCUCCUUGAAAAUUAUGAAGAGUAUGCCAGACAUGCCAGGAUUUAUACUGGAAUCCAUGCAAAGCCAAAACCUAAGUUCAAGUCUGGAGCCAUUUCAGAAUCAACCACAGCUCUUAAUGUUGAUCAGAGCAACACUUCAGUUCUUAAUAACGGUGACCAAAAGAAUGCAGCUGUUAGUGCCGCUGUUCCAUUGCAAUCUCCACUGGCCCCUUGUACGAUGGCCAGCAAAGGAAGAAAUAGUCAGGAUCAGCUAGCUGCUGUAGGUCCAAUGCAUGAGACAGAAGUUAGUGGAUCAGCUGCUGCACCAACAACCAGCACGUUGAAAAAAGAUGUUGGGCUUUCAAAAGUUCAGGCAGUGAAGAAGAAAAUGGAUGCAAGAAAAAAGAGCUUAAAGAGAUUAUGAUUUGAUGUUAAGGUUACACAUGUAUUGAACUGCCAUGAUGGAUAUGUGGCCAGCCUCUGUUGUUUGUCCAUGAAUGGGCCCAUGUAAGUGAUGAGGAAAAUGGGAAUAUAUCAUGUAAGGAAUAUUUCCAUUGGUGGACAAGUGAUGGAUUUAUUUAACUUUAUCGCAUUGUUUGACUUGCACUA